GAGGAACUUGGACAUCCUGCUACGUACAUCAGACUUCCCAUGCCUUCAGUAGCACCCUCUUCAGCGGCCCACGCUGCCUCCGCGACCUCAGCGGCAAAGCUCGUCCGUUUCACCGGACACAAGCACUUUGCUCGCCGCCUGAUCUAUGCCACAUUGACUGGCCGCCCCGUAAGGUUCGACGGAAUCCGUUCUAAUGAUUUGGAACCUGGUUUGAGAGACUACGAGGUGUCUUUGCUACGAUUGCUGGAGGCUGUGACGAACGGAGCACAUAUCGAGAUCUCGUACACCGGUACCACGGUGCUCUACAAACCUGGAUUGAUUCACGGAGGAACACAUACCCACGAAUGCCCGCCAUCACGAUCAAUAUCCUACUUCCUCUACCCUCUUCUGUUACUUGCGCCAUUCACCAAGCAGCCGCUCUCACUACACCUCAAGGGAAUCACAGCCGAUUCUCUUGACUUGACCAUCGACACUAUCAGAACAGGAAUUCUUCCCCUUCUCACUCGCUUCGGUGUCCCAGAUGGUGUUGAACUACGAAUCCUGAAAAGAGGAGCACCACCCCUCGGCGGAGGAGAAGUCCACUUCCUCUGCCCCAACGUCCGAAACGUCAAAACAAUCCACUGGCUCGACCCCGGCCGUAUCUCCCGAAUCAGAGGUAUCGCCGCCUCGACCCGUGUCUCACCUGCAAUCGCAAACAGAAUGGUGGAGGCAGCAAGAGGUGUGUUGAACAGAUAUAUCCCGGAUGUGUAUAUCUAUACGGAUGUGUAUAAGGGUGCGGAGAGUGGUAACUCGCCUGGGUUUUCGUUGAGUUUGGUUGCGGAAUGUGCGAAUACGCAGACGAUUUAUACGGCGGAUUUGACGGGUGGACCCGGACAGCCGGCGGAGGACGUGGGAAAGGCGUGUGCGAAGAUGCUGUUACGGGAGAUCAGGAAGAAUGGUGCGGUUGACUCGGCAGGUACUGGUAUCGUUCUGCCUUUCAUGGUUCUUGGAUCGGAGGAUGUUGGGCGGUGCGACAUCGGAGCCAGAGUGGAUGAGAACCUGGUCGAGAUGUUGCGGGAUAUCAAGACUUUCUGGGGAGCCGAGUUCUUGUUGAGAGAAAAGCCACAAGGAAACCCUAUGGAUGAGGAUGACGAAGAAGAGGAGGACGAUGAUGAGGAGAAGGAAACCCCAGAACCGGAGUUCCUCGUAUCGUGUAUGGGAACUGGUUUCGUCAACACGAACAAGAAGGUUACAUAG